AUGGGCUCAUCUAAGUAUCCUAAAGUUGAAGCCAACUUCCUCAAAUUAAAGGAAAUCCAAGGCCUUCCGCUGGAUAGCGAGGAGAGGAAGAAAAAGAUUGUCGAGAGAUGCAAUUGGUACAUGUUCUGCGCUUCGGAUAUCAGGGGGAAGGAUUUUCAAGACCCCCACGAGUUUAUUCUUUACUGCUAUCACAAUGUCCAGGCAAAUUGCCCUCCUAUGCAGAUGAAACCAAACACUAAGAUUGCCGAUACUCUUGCAGAAGCUUUCAUUUCCAAGUAUCAUAAACCAUAUGAGAAGGGCACCCGGAAAUAUAUUGAAAGCCGCGAUGAUGUAACAGUAAAGGAAAUACAAGACACUCUUGCCGAUGCCUGGGAAAGGUGGCAGUGCGACAAAAACACCAGGGCCAACGAGUUCAAGCAAGCUAUAAACAGCAUACCCAAUCCAGAGAAAAUCGAAAAGGUAGUUUGUUUAGGGCUCGGUCGUAUACUUAUGCCAAACUUUCGCUCCAAUCAACAGUCGCCGGAACAAAGCACUGGUAAUACACCAAGGCCGCAUAAUAAUAUCAUCAUGCCGCGGAAUAUCGCUCAACAUAUUGCCGCCAUAUCACUGGUUAAAGAACUGGAGAAGAAAACGAACAAGGAGAUCCCGCUCUAUACUGCAGACCCCGAAUAUGGAGAUGGGCACAAGAAAGCCCUCGAGACGUUGGAUUUUGGCAAGUUUAUCGUUCUCGAUCCAGCAUACGGUGUACACGAGCAAUUUACGUAUAUCGACGACAACACUCUGGUUUUUGAUAUGGCCGGACCGCCCCAAUGUCCCACCAUGAGAAUAAUUCAAGAGUAUGCUCGACCCGUCGCGAUUAUCACCGGCGAGAUCCCCCGCAGAGGAAAGUUUCAGGAUAGGCUCUGGUUUGAAGUCCAAGAAGAGAGCGGCAAGAAGAUACAAAUCCCAGGCUGCGCUCACUUGCCGCUCCCCGACGGCUGUUUUCGAUUCGGCGGACUGUGUCCAAGACGGGUCAGAGACAUGAUCGUCUACGAAUACAAGCAAGAAGACAAGUUCCCCGCGGAAAUGGAGGCGUCUGCGCGGAAAUGGGGCGCGUGCGAUCUGGUGAACUACGACAAUCGGGAUAAAUUAGAGGCCCAAGUCGGCGCGUACUGGCACACCGAUACUCGUUUCGUCGCUUCUGAAAUCGCAUUUUUACGUGGUUUAAGACUACGAGGCCGUACCUAUCUAUAUGCUAUCUAUAUGCAGGCUAUCAUUCUCCGAGGAUGGUUCAAGAUGGGAAAUGACGAGAACUGA